AUGAUAAAGAGCAAAGUUUUGGAUUUUUUGAGGCGCGAUAAAAAUGGACGUGGAUUAGAUUCUGUAUUUUUGAAAACGAUCGUUUGUCAUUUGUUUGAUUUUGAUACAGAGACUAAGGGAAAAUUUGACGAUUUAGAGAAAAAAGAAGAGAUUUCGUUAUCUUCUUCAUCCAACAGCAACAAUAUUAAAAUUCAAAACACUAAAGACAAUAAUUUCAAUCAUCAAACCACUGGAGAUAAUACUUACAUUCAUGAUAAAGAUACUUCAUCAUCUAUAGAGGAAGAACCUUAUCAUUCUAAGAAAACCCCAGCUAUAAUUAAAAAUUUUGCCGAAAAAAUUCUUUCGACCUAUAAUGAUUAUUGCAAACACCAUGUACCAUUCGAGACCUUCCAUUUACAACUGUUGAGAAAAUCAAAUGAGGCCACUACGUUGAAACCUUUUUUUGAUAUUUUUUUACCAAGAGUAUUCAACAUCGAGCCAAUAACACACCAAUAUGAAGAAGCAAAAAAAGAUGGCGACAACAAGAAUCGCAGUCAUAACAAUAGUCAAUUGAACAAUAUGGAUUCUGACAAAAAAAUAUGGUUUCAUGAAUUAAAAAAAGAAUACAAUCUGAUAUUUAAUGCUUCUAAUGACAUUUACUUUACUGAUUUAUAUAAAGAAACAUCACAAUCAAUUUUUUAUUUUCUCGCCAAUUACUUUCUAACAGCAACAGAUAUAAGAUAG